ACAAGGUGGGAACUAAAAAAUGAGAACCCAAGAUUUUAGGGCUAGAUUGUUCCACGAUCCCUUUCCGAUGGAUGACAUGGCCGCCUACUACCCCCCACCUCCUCCACCGCCGGCGCCGGCGGUCCCUCACUACCCUUAUUAUCAACCUCCGCCACCUCCGGCAACGGUGACGCCGGCACAGCUCCACUUGCCUCAGCAGUACCUCCCUCACCAGCAACCCCCUUUCGCUUCCUAUGCGCCGCCCCUUCUCGCUCCAUCCUUGCAUGACGAUGUCCGAACCCUGUUCAUUGCGGGACUUCCUGAGGAUGUCAAACCUCGCGAAAUCUACAACCUUUUCCGCGACUUCCCGGGUUACGAGUCCUCGCAUCUUCGGAGCCCCACACAAACGACCCAGCCUUUUGCUUUUGCAGUAUUCUUGGAUCAGCAGUCUGCAAUUGCGGCAAUGCACGCGCUAAAUGGAUUGGUGUUUGAUCUUGAGAAGGGCUCAACACUAUACAUUGAUCUAGCUAAAUCAAAUUCUAGAUCAAAGCGUUCAAGACCAGAUGAUGAAAGAUUUGGCUCAGAUAAGAGAGCUAAAGGAUCUGCGUUUUCACGGGGCGCUGAUUCUGCAGGUGUUGGCAGCAUGCACAUGCCUGGAAUGGGUAAUUCUGCUUACAACAUCAUUGGUUAUCCAUCUGCACCAAGCCAUGGAAAUUUGGAUGGCAGCGCUGCAAAUGAGAUAACUACUUCAAAUUUGCAUAAUACUUCAGUUCCUCACAUUACACAAAAUAAUACCCCGUGCCCAACACUUUUCGUGGCUAAUUUGGGGCCUACUUGUACAGAGCAGGAGCUAAUUCAAGUAUUUUCAAGAUGCCCUGGGUUCUUGAAACUGAAGAUGCAAAGCACUUAUGGAGCUCCAGUUGCAUUUGUUGAUUUUCAGGACACUGCCUCUUCGACUGGGGCACUAAGUCAUCUGCAGGGCACAAUCCUAUACUCCUCACGAGCUGGUGAGGGAAUGAGAUUGGAGUAUGCAAAAUCAAGGAUGGGAAUGCGUAAGAAGCCCAAGUAAAUUAAAGAGUAAGGUUACUAAGGUCCAAUGCUUUUGAUCUCACUAAAAGCGAGGGGCUAGGGAAAGUUUCAUAUUGAAUAUUGUACGUUUUUAUUCAAAAAUUUUAUUAUUAUAUAAAAUUAGUUUGAGAGCGCUUUCAAAGUUUCAA